AUGAAUCAGAAUCUACAAUACACUUAUAAUUCGGAUCCCCGAUCGUCCGGGAAUCAAAAUCAGCAAAUCCAAGGAAUAUCCUUUCAUCAGAAUUCGUAUCAACCAACAACCUAUACAAAUUCGACUACUGGAACGUUUCAUUCAUCUUCUUCAGCUGCAUUCAUUCCAAACACUGUCACAGUGCGCUCUUUCCAAUUGAAAAUAAAUUUUAACAAAUUUUUCAGCCAACCCCACAGCGCCGGAUGGGAGAAGAGAAGAAUCUUGUUAACAUGCUAGAUGCUUAUUUCAUUGACAGUACAACUCCUUCGACAUCUUCUUCGUGGAAUAACCAAGCUCCUGUUCAGGUAACUUCGUGCUAUGAGCUGUUUAGUAUAGUGUUGUGAAUUUAUUGUCAUUUGUGUAUUGUGAUCGUGUUUUUGCGCAGAUGCCUUCAAUUCAACAGACAGUCAGCACGUACAACCAGCAAAUACCGCAAAUUAAGGUAAUUGAUGUUGUUCAAUCUGUUGUAUACUAAUAUUUAUGCCGUGUCUAAAGUCACAAUAAUCUAUGAAAUCUGUAGUGUUUUCGCUGUCCAAAGUCGGCAGAGAUUUGCUUGAAAAACGGGGUGCGCACAGCUGAACGAAUGUCACCGUAUACCAUAAAACUACGGUAUUUUUUGAAAAUUUACCCAAGAAAUUUAAAUAUUUUUAAGUAUUCACACUAAAUUUAAACUUUUCCAAAAAAUACCGUAGUUUUAUGGUAUACGGUGACCUUCGUUUCAGCUGUUCGCACCCCUUUUUUCUGUAGAAUUGCCACGAGUGUUGGACUGCAAAAACACUACAGAUUUCACAGAUUUGUUUGACUUUGGACACGACAUUAUAAAAACAAUGAUUUGGAAAAAAUUAUAAUGUAAGUUGUGGAAUACUCAUUACAGGAAAUGCAAGUGGAUUCUAUGAGUGUUAAGCUCUCUUCCUCGCCAGAUAAAUCGGAGAAGGAAAGAGCUAAAAAAGCUCGUCAAGCAGAAGCUGCAAGAAUGAGAUAUCAUCGACUUUCCAAUGAAGAAAAACGUGAGCUAAAUCUGAAACGCACGCUAGCUCAGAAACGGAAACGACAACGCGAAAAAGAAAUGGAAGAACUAGAAUCAAUUUUACGCGAAACUAACGACAUACAAGAAGAUCCUGAUAUUACGGAGCAGCUGCGUGAAAAACGAAUGCGUGCCAAAUGGGCAGAAGCUGCACGGACUCGCUACGCUCGUAUGACUCCUGAAGAACGACGAGCACACAAUACGAGAAGACGUAUGCGACAGAUGCAAAACGCAAUGUCAGCGAUUAAGGUACGACACAACGGGCACAGGUUGAGAGCGGGCUGCUUCCAAAUUGCACAACCAUUACAGAAUUCGGAGUUUCAGGCGGCUGGAAUGGCAACUGGUGAUCCUGUGAAAGACGAUGAGGCUGUGCGCCAACACAUAAAAACUCAAAAUGCCAAAAAGGCAGAAGCUGCACGCCAAAGGUGAGCAUUCCACCAGACAAUUGCUUACAAGCAUUUCACGUUUCAGAUAUCACCGCAUGAAUGACGACGAGAAACGUGUUUACAAUCAGAGGCGCACUGAAGCAUUCCGUCGAAGGCGCAUGGAAGAAGAGAUGCUUUUGGCCAUGCCCAUAGGACGUAUUAAUGGAGAAGCUUUGGACAGGGCUCAGCAAAUUGUCGUUAGAAACGCAAAGAGAGCUGAAGCGGCACGUCUGCGUUAUCAAAGGAUGACUCCAGAUCAGAGAAAGGUAAGAGAAACGACAUGAGAUUUUCAAUUAUUUGAAAAAUUGCUUCAAUACACUAAAUGUAUCCCUCUUAUCCUUUGGUGCUUUCAAAGCUCUGUUGCAAAAUCAUUUUCAAUAGCUAUCUCAGGCCUGGGCGAGCGAUCUGCUUCCCGCUGCCUGAGAAAUUGCUUAGCGAAAAAACGGGGAGGGGGAAGAAAUACCACUUGCGCGGAAGAAGAGAGAAGCGCAGACGGUAGAUAGGUAAAAUCAUAUCAUCAAAUUUAUUUCAAUACGCUUCUAACCUUUCGUCUGCGCCUCUCUCUUCUACCACGCAGAUAGUAUUUCCCUGGCCCCCAGAUUUUUUUGCGUUGGCCAGAUUUUUCUCUGCUUCAAGCACUAAUCCGCCCAGGCCUGCCCGGAGAUAGCAGCUAUAUCCGGGGCCAAGUUUUUGCUACGCGAAAUACUUUUCAGUUGUUUCUCUGGGAACUCGAUCGCAAUCUAAUUAGAAAACUUCGCAAUCUAAUACGAACUCGUUUGAAAUAGAAUUUGCUUCAAUUAGAUUGCAAAAUCUUCUAAUUAGAUUGCAAUCACUGAAAUUUUUCUAAUUAGAUUGCAAUGUUUUCUAAUUAGAUUGCAAUUUUUUCUUAUUAGAUUGCAAUUCAGGAAAAAUAUAUUGCAAUCUAAUAAGAUUUCACUGAAACUUCAAUCAAAUCUUAUUAGAUUGCGAAAUAGAGCUUUUUCUUAUUAGAUUGCAAACUUUUCUAAUUAGAUUGCAAUCGAGUUUCCAGAGUUUUCACCGGAAAGAUAAUCUAAUUUUCUUAUUGUUCUUUUCGCGACAAAAAAACGGGGCUCUUGCACUGGAACACGGAUAUUUUCUCGGCCACAUGGCCCACAUGCAAGGAAAUACAACGUAGAAGUGCCACUUACCGAAUUUUUAACUCUUUUUCAAAGCUUAUCGCAUUUCAGUCUUAUGAGAGCCGGAUUUUUGAUUUCACGCAAAAAAUCGCCUGGGACUGGAAAAAGACGAGGCUACGUCGAACCAGAACUGUCCCGAAUCAGAACUGUGCCCCGGAUCACAACUGUCCCGUAUCAGAACUUUCUAGUCCCGUAGUAAAAACAAAGUUUUUCAACAGAGCGUAGUGAAAUGCUAUCAUAAUAGUUGUAACUGUAAAUAAAUAAUUAGUGUAUAUCAAAUUUAGUGUGGUGACCGAUAAUAUCUAGCUAAAUUUAAAAAAUUUAUUUAGGCUCUACAAAAUGAACAUAUUGUUUAAGUGAAAUUCAAUAGAACAUUCCGUUAAAUUCAGGGCUGGGCAGCCAAUUGCCCAGCCCUGGUUAAAUUUGUUCACAACUAGGGCAUUGGGAACAUGAACCCCCGCUUUAAACAUCAGUUAAAAAAUAUAUUCAUUUUUACUACACGACACCAGAGUUGAGCGGAAUUCCGUUUGCCGUCUUCCGUCUUCCGUCUUCCGUGGAUUUUUUUGUUCCGUCUUCCGUGGAUUUUUUUUGUUCCGUCUUCCGUCUGCCGUCUUCCGUGAGAAAAAUUUUCUUCCGUAUUCCGUUUUUCGUGUUCCGUUAAAAAAAAUAUUCCUCCGUCUGCCGUCUGCCGUCUUCCGGAUUUCAAAAUUCCAUUUCCGCUCAACUCUGCACGACACCUUUAAAACAACUCACGGCACCCUAUUAUCGCGGUAUUCCUCUGCAGUCGCGCUCUGUUCGCAAUCUGGCCGAAUUUCUUGGCCGCGAAGUAAUUUUCGACUGAAGAUGUCCUAACUUUUCAAACUCGGCCCCGAGGUCACUCAAUUUGCACUUCAAACAGUGUUUCUCAACAGAGAGCGAUUGCAGUGAAAGACCGCCAUAAUACCAUAGAAGUAGGAAUUAUCUUGUGGAACCAUACCGUAUUUCCGCCCUGAUUACUUUUAAAUCAACUGAAAAAGAAGUUUUCAGUCGUGUUCGGUCAGACGUUUUUCUAAGGAACCUGUUCUCUAGAUGACGCUCUAUCGAAUAAUCACAAGCUGCACCCACAAAACCUAAUCUUCGAGGAGGAGAUCGUCUCGAAAGUUAUAACUGAGAAAAUUAACUGAGUUUCAGAUAUUUUGAUUUUACAAGAGAACUAUAUAAGUAGUUUAGCUAUAGAUACAUAAUUUUUUCUCAAGAGCUAAAAGCGCAGUGUGUUAGGAUUAUUUCAAGAGCUCGAGUGCCAUUUUCAGUUAACUGUAUGAGGAGACCUCGUUUGAAGUCUACUGACCUAAUUUUUUCCAUCUAAAAACUUUUUUUUUGUCACCUUGUUAUAUUCAUUCGAUAUAGUUCCAUCUGGAGAACAGGUUUUUGAGCAUCAAUGCUCAGAAAUGUUCGAGUUCUGACCGAGUACGGCUGAAAAAAUAGGCUCUCAGUCGAUUUUGAAAGGUAACUAGAGGGCAAUAGUUGCGAAUAAAAUGGCAUUUCACUGCAAUCGCGCUCUGUUGAUAAACUCUUUUGCAGUGCAAACUACAGUGAGGGGGCCGAGUUUGAAGAAAAAUGAAACAUUUGGGCGACAUUGAAAAACAUCCAUUAAAAAACAAUGAAAAACAAUUAAUUCGAUGCAGAAAAACUCGGCCACCGAUUUAGAGCGCGAUUGCAGAGAUAAGCUCCUUCUAUAUUAUACUCUGGCAAUUCGAUAUUAAUCUAAUUAGAAAGUUACUGAUCUAAACGCGACCUAAUUAGAUUCGACUGUUUUUUCUUGGCGCAAUCAAGAUUUGAGCCAGCAGACGGUUGGCGUGAAACUUGAUUUGAGCACUUAUUAAUCUAAUUAGAAGAUUUAUUAAUCUAGCUAGACAAUUUAUUAAUCUAAUUAGGUGUCAUAUCAAUCUUAUUAGGCCGCCGUUAGAUUAAUAACGAAAUGCCAGAGUAGGGCCACCGCACAGAAAUGGCGCUCUGUUGAGAAGCUCUUUUUGCAGUGCAAAUUGAGCGACCUCGGGGUCGAGUUUGAAAAGUUAGGCCACAUUUUCAGUGGAAAAUUACUUCGCGGCCUAGAAAUUCGGCCAGAUUGCGAACAGCGCGCCCUUUCUGUCCGGUGCCCCUAUAAUAAUAGAGAAUAUUUUAUUAUAUUUUGUUAUAAAGGCUUUUCACUGUCCUCUCAGUUGAAAAACUAGUUCUGCAGAGUAAAUUGUAACUAUCUCGGGGCUGAUUUUUUUUUCGCGAAAAAAAAGCUAAAAUGUUACUGAGCAGACUUGUGUAACGUCUGCGCCAAUCUUACGCAACUUUAGCUGGCAAGUUGCACUGAAGCUCCGUAAAGUCUGCGCAAAAGUUGCAUAAAAUUUGUUUCCCGAAAUAGCAACUUCUGCGCAGACUUUAUAAUAGGGCCACCGCACAGAAAUGGCGCUCUGUUGAGAAGCUCUUUUUGCAGUGCAAAUUGAGCGACCUCGGGGCCGAGUUUGAAAAGUUAGGCCACGUUUUCAGUGGAAAAUUACUUCGCGGCCUAGAAAUUCGGUCAAAUUGCGGACAGAGCGCCAUUUCUGUGAGAUAACCCUAUAAUAAGCAACUUUUGCGCAAACUCUACGCAGCCAACUCGCCAGCUAAAGCUGCGUAAUCUUUCCGCAAAAGUUACAGAGGCUUGACGAGUAGGUCAUUUUUCCAGUAAAAAACAAGUAAUAUAUUAUUUCGCAGCGAAAAAACUCGGUCCUGAGAACACUACCCUAAAUGGUUUCGCAACAGAGUAAACUAAAUUCGUCGCUAUUGCCUUUCGGUGUUUUCAGACUCAAGCCAAGCCAAAAUUUCAAAAAUUAAACAUUAGUCUGAAAAAAAUCACAUUUUUUUGAUAAUACCAUCCUUGUCGUUCAUGUGCUUGUAAAAUUAUUCUCGGGUUUGCUUGUUUUGUCCGUCGCCCGUUUUUGGGGUUUUCAGUAAAUUUAAUAUGACGGAGAAAUUCAGAAAUUAUUACUUGCACUUUCAAACAAGCGGCAAAACCACACCCGAACUUGCGCUCGACCAGAGCAACUAGUUCAGGUUCCGAAAGUCUGUGUGAAUAUAAAAUAAAUCUUUUGAAAAGUUCGUGUAGGCAAUUCUUGUGAGGCGUAAAAUAAAAAGUUUCAUUAAUGUCAUCCAAGAUCUUUAGUAAAGAAAUUUAGAUCGCGAAACAAGAACCCAAAGAUGAUUCUUGGCUGGAUAGCCCAACUCAACUCGAAGAUCUGGGAGACGUUAGUGAAACUUUUUUUUAUAACAUUUUUCUUGUCUUGUGUGAAUGUGUGAACAUGAAAAUAAGUUUAAGAACGUGUCCACUCGCUCGCUAGCUAUAGUUUUGCUUGCUUUAUCUCAAAUUGCUCAUUACAGUCGUACAAUCAAAAACGUUACACCCCCAAACGAAGGAGGAACGAUCUUGAAGACAUGAUGGCUGCAGGGCAAAUGGCUGUCGGAUCGUCAGGAACUAUUGCAAUGGGAAGCGGAACGCCGGCUAAAAAAGACGAUAUGGAUGCUUUAUCAACAUUGGAGCGGGAUGUUGUGAAACGAACUCAGCAUGCACAGCAAAUUUUGCUAAGACAACGUGCGAACCAGGCAUCGACGCCUAGAUCUGUGACUCCUCCACAGCAAGCAUAUAUCAUUCAACAAUCAAACAGUCAACAGUCGCAGUCACAUUUGAACAAUCAACAACUGAAUCUGGCUGGUAAUUCUGGAAACAGUGGAAUAAAUCACCAAGUGCUGCACGGUGUGCAACACAUGUCACAGCCGCAGAUUCAGGUGUCUCACCAGGUAACAGUUAUCUUUAAUGAUAAUUAACUCGAGCACUCGAGUAAUUUUACUUUUUCAGGCAUCUUCCAAUACCAUUCCACAGAAUAUUUAUACUAGUGGGAUGCUGAUACAGAAUCAACAAUCUCAACAGUCUCAAUCGCAACAGCCACAGCAGCAGCAACAACAACAACAACAGCAAAUAUUGAACCCCUACAGAACAUGA